AACAGUCCACCCGGCCAAAGCUUUUCAGUUGGUCGUUUCUAUGGCGUUUACGGCGCAGGAGUGGACGGAGGAAUAUGGCCGGGUGAAGACUUCUGCCAUAGAUCUACGCGCCUCGUUCGCAACCCCUUCGUCCUCUUCUUCCAAUCCAUCGACGCAACAAUUGGCUAAUCUAGAGCAGAGCGUCGACAAGCUGGACUAUCGAUUGGGAACCAUGGAGCAAAAUCCUGGGCAAUUCGGCAUUUCCCAAUCGGACGUGGUCCGUCGUCGAGAGCUGGUCAAGGGGUUGCGUCAUCAGCUGUCCCUCCUUGGCACCAGCAGCCACGGCACCAACGGCCUGGUCACUGGGACUACUCGCGACGGCUCGGCGGCUUCGGGUGGUGGAGGAGUACCCGGAGGCCUCCGCACCCUCGCACAGCAGCGUCGAGAGAUCAUACACGAGCAAGACGAGCUCCUGGAGGACCUGGGGAAGGGCGUGGACCGGCUGAAAAUGCAGGGCCUGGUGAUCCGGGACGAAACUGGGAUCCACCACAAGCUGCUGGAAGACAUCGACGGGGACGUGGAGGCGGCGGCUUCGUCUUUGCGCAUGGAAGCUCGACAUGCCCAGCGGAUACGCGAGCAAAGCACGGUGUGUCGUUUGUACAUUUGCAUCGCUAUUUUGCUGAUCAUCUUAGUCCUGCUCUUGGUGAUUGGCUUCACGUAGCUGAAAAGGGCAGGUUUGGGAAGAACAACGAACGGGUUGCUUCAAGAGCAGACUUUGUAAAGAAAGAAUGAAAUUUCACAGA